AUGCCAUCCAUGGCAAAGGUGAUUGCUGCUGGCGGUAUAAUGGAUGACUACUUCCUACAAAUUUCCAAAACUUACGGGAUGGUUUUCCGUGUCUUUUUGUGGAAUAAUGUUUUUGUUAUUGUCUUAGAUCCAGAAUGCAUUAAGGAUGUUCUGGUUACAGGAAAUCACCAGAAAUCCAAACGGAUAUAUUCAAGAUUGACAAACUUAUUUGGUACAAGGUUUUUGGGACAGGGACUCGAAGCACAGAUUGAUAAUAAACACUGGGUGGUGCAGCGGAAACAUUUUGACCAAUGGUUCAAACCACACUACGUUCGACAAUUUGCAUCUGAAUUCAACGAGUUCGCGAAUCAAUUUACAGAGUACCUGAAUACCUAUGCGGACGGCAAGACGGAAAUACACACGUUAGAUACUUUCAACAAACUGACGAUGCAUCUGCUGUACAAGGUAGCAUUCAAUGUCGAUAUGGGCCCGUUACUAGGAGAAAACCAUCCCUUUGUGACGAAAAUGAAGACAGCCUUAUUAGGAAUUUCUGUGUCUAAUAAGAAUCCUUUCGUAGCCAAAUCUUGCUACAACUGGUAUUUUUUAAAUAGUUAUCUAACAGGACAGGAAACCUCUGCCAGCACCAUGAGUUGCAUGCUUUUUCUUCUUGGACAGAAUCCAGGAUGUUACAAAAGGUUACAAAUAGAGAUUGAUGAAAAUGUUGGCGCAGUGUCAGUGAUCACCCUGAAUGAGCUUGAGAAGUUACCCUACCUAGAUAUGGUGUUGAAGGAAACACUGAGGCUUUACCCUGUGGCUAAGGCAACCUUUCGCGAGACAGCCAGUGACUACAAUCUCGGCGGUCACCUCAUCCCCGGUGGUACUGACAUGUUUGUUAGUUUCUACGCGACCUCCAGGUCGGAGCAAAAUGUGAGAAACCCCACAGAGUUUUUGCCAGAACGAUUUCACAGCGACAGCUCAGAGAGCUUCAGUAAAUAUGCCUCCACACCAUUCUCAGCCGGACCCCACACGUGUAUUGGGAGAAAAUUUGCAGAGAUAGAGAUGAAAAUCAUGAUUGCCAAGAUCAUACAAAAUUUCGACUUUGAACUGAUUCCCGGCCAAACCUGUGAACUAACUGACUCUGUAACUUUAUUUCCGAAAGAUGGCGUCAAGUGUUUCUUUCGCCAAAGGAAAACGGCGUAG